UAGCGUUUAAUCAAAUAAAUACAAAUACAAAUCAAUUUAACAAAUCGAAUGAAUUGUCUUGGUGAUGACUUCUCCGGGAUGGUACAAAUUGCUCCAAAUGGAUAUUCAAAAUUAGAAAUCCCUGACGAGCAAAUUUCAGCCAAACAGACUAAAGAACCAUUUAAAUGUCCCCCGGGACAGCCAUGCUACUUCCAAAUAUGGUAGAGGCAGAACUCGAAGAACCACUUUUCUGCAAUUAAAUUACCUUUUUCCAUAUAUGGGCAUGCUCCUCGGGGAUGUCCUCAUUAUUCAUCAACCUUAAGACAAUUCCUCACGCCAUAAAGGAAUAGUCGAACCUGUCAUCAAAGGUAAUCAAUUUUACAGGCACACGUAUUUUCCAGGCUUUUCGCACGCAUGUGUGAUCUGGGGUAAAGCGGAAUUGACGGGAGGCCCACCGGAGCCCGCAGUCACACCAGGUGUGUUAAGACGGUUGUCUCUCUCAUCUCCACCGCCCUGGGCACUUCUGUCGCCAUCUUGGACAAUUACUGUCUCUCCGUCCCGUGAUUCCACGUCACAAACAUCCUUGUUAUUGUUCAAACCUGAGUAACCGGCAACGAUCCGCCCUACGUCAUCAGCUUUUUUCCACUCCCAGAGGGGAAGGUUUUAUAUUAGGGUCGCGGGCGGUUGUGAUCCCAGUUUGAUAGUUGGGAUCGCGACCGAACACACGCAGACGUCACCCCGGUCCCAGCACCACCAUGCCGGUAAGCCGUCUCUACGGUCAGGAAAACAGAAAGACGGCAGGACAAAAGCUCGCCCGAACCGACAGCGAGGAAGAACUGUCUGCCCUGUCAGACAGGAAUUACAAUCCGCGUUCCUCGGGCGCCAUCUUAGGUGGAGUGCCGGGCAAGCGAGCCCGAUUCCGGUCGCCGGGUUCCACCAACAUGCAAGCCAACGGAACAGCCGCGGGAGGGGAGGACAUGGCGGCCCGCCGGAAGGCCAUGAUGGCCGUCAAGAUGGCCAACACGUUCAUGAACUGUAAGAAUUACGAGAAGGCGCUGAAGCACUGGACCGACGCGGUUGAGGCGUGCCCCACCUGUCCAGACUACCUGGCGGGGAGGGCCGGUUGUAACAUCAUGCUAGGCAAGUACGAGGACGCCAUUAUGGACGCGGUCCAAGCCACCGACUUCGCUCCGGACUGUAUAGACGCAUACUGCAGUCACGGAGAGUGCCUACUCGCUCUGGGACGUCCCAAAGAAGCCACUGCAGUCUACACCAAAGCCCAGAUGCUCGAGCCGAAAAACCAGGCCAUUUCCAGCGACCUCCGGGUCGCCAAAGACCUGAUUCAUUUACAGUCUUUCGCCGAGCGUGACAUGGAUAAAGGAGACUACAGACGGGUGUUGUUUUACAUGGACAAAGCGAUAAAGCAAGUCCCACAGUGUGCUAAAUACAGGGUGUACAAGGGAGAGAGUAUGGUUAUGAUGCGGAACUACAGCGAAGCACACGAAGUACUAAGCGAGGUUCUAGAGUACCAACCCCAGAAUGUAGACGCUCUGUACGCCAUGGGACUGUGUCUGUACUACCAGGGGAACAUUGACGACGCCUUCGUACAUUUUGAACAGGUGUUGGACAUUUCUCCAGAGCACGAGAAGACAAAUGCUGCCCUAGAAAAGGCCCAGGCGCUCGCCACGAAGAAAGAAGAAGGUAACGAUGCCUUCAAGGCAAACAAAUACGAGGAGGCGUUCGACAGGUAUACGGAGGCGCUCGCCAUUGACCCACUGAUCGAUCUGACGAACUCAAAACUGUACUACAACCGCGCCGUGGUCUGCGUAAAAAUGAACAAACUCAUGCAGGCCAUCGAAGACUGCACAAACGCCAUCAGAUUGGAUGAAUCAUACACAAAGGCCUACCUCCGGAGGGCCAAGUGCUACACGGAGAUGGAACAAUUCGAACAGGCUGUUUCAGACUACGAAAAAGUGUGCGAACAAGACAGAACGCACGAGCACCUGCAGUUUCUCCAGGAGGCGAAGAAGGCACUGAAGAGAAGCACGUCAAGGGACUAUUAUCAAAUCCUGGGAGUAGAGCGGACGGCAAGUGUCGACGUCAUCAAGAAAGCGUACAGAAAGAAGGCAAAGGAAUGUCAUCCUGACAAGAACGUGGAUUCUAGCGAGGAGGAGAAAGCCAUACAAGAAAAGAGGUUUAAGGAGAUCAGCGAAGCGUACGGCGUGCUGUCUGACGCCGAGGAAAAACGGCGUUAUGAUUUGGAACAAGCCAUGGAGGGGGUACAGGACGCUUUCGGCGGGUUUUCUAAGUUCGGAACUGGUAACGUACCACCCCAGACUCAGAGGACUGGUAGAUUUGGACACAAUGCUUACAACGCUAACCCGGGAGCUCAGACGGGGGCUAACCCCGGUGGAAGACAACGCUAUGGGUUUGCUAGUAGAGGAUUCACAAAUAGUCGAUUCAAGUUUCACCAUGUAUGACGCAACAAUGGGGUUAGGGCUUGAAGUAGUAAUAUGUAACUGCUUGAGUAUGCAUACUUCCUGUCUAGAGCAGGUAACCACUUAUUAGGAUAGAUUAAAGUACGGCUAGUUUUACUUGCCAUGAAAGUAAGUCUGAAUUCGUUGUGAAAAAGGUUCUUUUACCCGGAAUUGCCUUUUCUUGCCCGAAGACUCGUUUUGCUCUCAGUCGCUUUUGAAAUUGUAAUAUUGGUGAAAGGUCCUGGCAAUGACUUAUACAGGAAGUAUCCUGCCCUCUGUUUUCUUUCACAAAAUAAUAUAUUGAAAGCCAUAUUCUAUUUCAUUGUUGUAUGCCUGAAGUAGCAGACACAUGGGCACGUGAACAGCGCUGAUAUGUCCAAUGUUUUCUAUGCAGGUAAUAUAGUUUAAUACGAGCUUGUGCUUAAUACAUAUCUGUUCUAUGAACAAUCAAUGCUAUUCUAAACAGUAGAUUUUGUACUGGUGGGGAACGGUGCAACGGGUGGGUUAUGGUGAAUAAAGGCCUCUAUCUUCUCGAUUA